UCCAGGCCCCGCCCAUUGUGCGGCUACUGUGCUAAUGCUAAGGCUUUGUCCUGUAGAGUCGGACACUGACUCGGCUGUGGUCUUGAAUGGUGGAAAGUGAAAAACAAACACGUCUAUCUACACCUAUUUUAAAUUACUCUCAACAAUGAGCAAAAGAAAAGCGCCACAGGAAAGUCUGAACGAGGGAAUCACAGAUUUUCUCAUCGAAUUGGCAAAUUAUGAGAGAAAUGUCAACAGAGCCAUUCAUAAAUACAAUGCUUACAGAAAAGCAGCGUCUGUAAUCGCCAAAUACCCUCAAAAGAUCAAAAGCGGGACAGAAGCAAAGAAACUGGAUGGAGUUGGUGCAAAGAUAGCAGAGAAAAUCGACGAGUUUUUAGCGACAGGAAAACUGCGUAAGCUGGAAAAGAUUCGCAACGACGACACAAGCUCCUCCAUCAACUUCUUGACCCGAGUGACUGGGAUCGGCCCCGCUGCGGCCAGGAAGUUUUUUGAUGAAGGCGUCAAAAACUUGGAAGAUCUGAAGAAGAUCGAGCACAAACUUAACCAUCAUCAGCAGAUUGGGUUAAAGUACUUUGAAGAGUUUGAGAAGAGAAUCCCUCGUGCAGAAAUGCAGAAGAUGGAGGCUCUGAUACUGAAGGAGCUGGAUCUGGUGGACCCCGAGUACAUCGGCACCAUCUGCGGCAGCUACAGAAGAGGGGCGGAGUCGAGUGGUGAUAUUGAUAUACUGCUGACCCACCCGGACUUCACCUCUCAGUCUGAGAAGCAGCCCAAACUCCUUCAUGCUGUCGUGGAUCAUCUGGAGUCCAUCGGCUUCAUCACCGACACGCUUUCUAAAGGAGACACUAAGUUUAUGGGGGUGUGUCAGCUGCAGAAAGAAGAGGAAGAUGAAGAAGAGAAUAAUAUUGACAUCAGGCUUAUCCCGAAGGAUCAGUAUUACUGCGGCGUGCUGUACUUCACUGGAAGCGAUAUCUUCAACAAGAACAUGAGGACUCAUGCCCUGGAGAAGGGCUUCACUCUCAACGAGUACACCAUCCGUCCACUGGGCGUCACUGGCGUGGCUGGAGAGCCUCUGCUGGUGGACAGCGAGAAGGACAUCUUCGACUACAUCCAGUGGAAAUACAGAGAACCGAAGGACCGCAGCGAGUGAAACCAAGACGGGAGACUAAAGCCAAGCUCGAGCUGCGCGUGUGCUGUUCGUUUAGGUCAAGAGACUGUAUUUUAAGAGUAGAAGACGUGCGUGUGUUUAAGUUGUGAAAGCAGCUACGUGACAGUAGUUGAUGGUGCUUUUUUUUUUAUCAUUGAUAGCCAUGCAUAAUAUGUGUUUUAAAAUCAGGAGUGAGGCGAGAGGAAGUAACGGCAUGUUAAUGAAAUUUCUGAAGUGUAGCGGCAAACGUGUCUUUAUUUCAAGAACUUGCAAGAAAACAAAAUGGGAAAAUAAUUGAACGGUGACCGUCUGCGGUUGUGUUAUUUAAAAUCAAUGACGACGUUAUUGGGAUAUUUUUAUUUAGAUAAUAGUCUGUUUGCGUGAACAUGUGGAUUCUGCAUUAAAAAUCCCACAAAUCGG